AUGAGGUAUCUUGCACUUGUGAGUGGUGGAAAGGACAGUAUAUAUUCUAUCAAGUGCCUUGAGCAAGAGGGACAUCGUGUUGUGUGCUUACUGUAUAUGAAGAGUUCUCAAGAGUAUAGUGAUUCAUAUAUGUAUCAGACAGUAGGCUCUGAAGUUGCUGAAAUGUUUGGUGAGUGCAUGGGAGUGCCUAUUUUUGUGCAUGAAACAGAAUGCAGAAGCAUUAAUCAGCAGCUUGAGUAUGUAAGAUCUGAAGGUGAUGAAGUUGAGGAUUUGUACCUCGCUGUUUCAAAUGCACUUGAGCGAAUUAGCUUUGAAGCUGUGUCAUCAGGUGCUAUUCUCUCACAAUAUCAGAAGAAUAGGAUUGAAAGUGUGUGCAAGCGCCUAUCUCUUUGUAGUUUAUCACCGCUUUGGCAGAUGGACCAAAAAGUAUUGCUUGAACGCAUGAUUGAAGAAGGUAUUGAAGCAAGGAUAGUUAAGGUUGCAUCAUCAUCGCUUGGAAAGCAUUGUGUAGGCAUGAAUUUGAAACAAAUACUUGAAUGCAUGAGUGAUGAGUUGCACAUUACAGAAACAAAUUAUUGUGGAGAAGGAGGAGAGUAUGAAAGUGUGGUUUUAGACUGCCCGAUGUUCAUUAAGCGAAUAUUAAUACAUGAUUAUGAGGUGUGUGAGCAUCCUGAUGAAGUGGGAAGGAAUGGAUGUGUGUUCUACAUGAAGAUAAAUAGGUAUGAGUUGAACAGCAAGUAG